CACAGAGCGAUUCCGCAACUAUGCCCAGUCAGGUUCUAGAUCCCCAAACCACCGGAACCUCCCGAUGGAACACAUGGGGUAUGCUUAGGGCAUUCGCAUUCCGCUUGAUGGUCACCUACUUCGUAUUUAAUUUGUUCCGUCGACAAUCGACUAACCAACCUGAUGCGCCAGUUAGGCCUCCUCCAUCCACAAACGUGUAUCACAAGGGGGCCCUGAUGGAAAUGUAUGCAUUUUUAAGCGAAGAACCCACUUUCCAUUCGUUCAACGAUUCAGCUUCUUUAUUCUGGCAUCACCCGGACAUUGUGUAUGGUGACUGGACUUCUGGCCCGAAUGGAGACGGCUCGUUUACAAAGGAAGGCACCAUAAACUGCGAACAGUUUCCAAGCCUUAUGCACAACGGAUCCCUGUAUUUGCACGUGUACAUCGUGAAGCGCGGUUUUUCUCCGGACCCCACGGCCGGAAAUCGAUAUUCCAAGAGGUUGACAGUGUAUAAAUCAAAACUGCUCACUCGAUACAAACGACGACGUCUCUCCAGAACGGCAAAUCUUUUAACUGGUCAAACGGGCUCCCAUCCAGAUACCAUUGCCAAUUCCUCCACUCCAAGCAAUGUGUCUUACUUGCCUCCGUCCACACAUUGGCAUCCCAAUUUGACGAUUAACCUGGUGGAUGACCAAACUCCCUGGACUCUUGGUGCUGUGCCUGCGCCUCUAGACUCUUAUAUCGACUUUUACGAACCUACGAAUGAAUACUUCCCGGUCGUUUUCUUCAACGAUUAUUGGAACAUGAAUGAGGACUAUAAGCCAGUAAACGAAUCAACACCCGUACUGCCAAUAUCUAUCAAUUUUGCUCCUCUGUCCAUGUUCAAAUGGCAACUGUACGCUGCUCAGUCAGCUCGCAAGACAUGGUUUUCAACUUUUCUCGGUGACGGCGCUCUCGGAAAUGAUUUGGAAACUGAAGAAGAUCAGGACACGUUAAAAAGGGCGCUUGUUGAAACGAACCCUUACCUUUUGGCACUUACUGUGAUCGUAUCCAUAGUCCAUAGCGUCUUCGAACUACUGGCGUUUAAGAACGAUAUCCAAUUUUGGAGAACCAGGGAAUCGUUGGAAGGCUUGUCAGUUCGUUCGGUAUUCUUCAACGUGUUCCAAUCCCUUGUUGUGCUUCUCUAUGUGUUGGAUAAUGACACAAAUUUCGUCAUCAUUGUGUCCGUCUUCCUCGGUCUUGGCAUCGAGGUUUGGAAGAUUAAAAAGGUCAUGCUUAUUGAAAUUGACUGGAACGCGCGUGUCUUUGGUAUAUUUCCCCACGUCCACAUUGAGUACCAGUCUUCUUACGUGGAAACGGACACAAAGAAAUAUGAUCAGCUGGCUUUUCGCUAUCUCUCGUGGGUCCUGUUUCCAAUGCUGGCGAUUUAUUGCGGUUACUCACUGCUCUAUUUGGAACAUCGGGGCUGGUAUUCGUGGGUUUUGUCAAUGCUGUACGGAUUCCUCUUGACAUUUGGUUUCAUCAUGAUGACGCCUCAAUUGUUCAUCAAUUACAAGCUGAAGUCCGUCGCUCAUUUGCCUUGGCGGAUGCUCACCUACAAAGCACUGAACACCUUUAUCGAUGAUUUGUUCGCCUUUGUUAUCCGGAUGCCCACACUAUAUCGCAUUGGUUGUCUACGUGACGAUGUGAUAUUCUUCAUUUAUCUUUACCAACGGUGGAUUUAUCCCAUGGACCCCAAUCGUAUCAACGAGUUCGGCGUGAGUCAAACAAUGUUGGAGAAGAAUAAACAAGGACCGGUUUCCAAUGGCCAGUUGUCUAUCGACUCCGGCGCAGGAGAUAGGUCGACGGAGCCUGAUCAAUUAGAAACAGACACAGCUGAUUUACCAGCUGUUAGGCGACGCAGAAUCUCCCAACAGAUUCAGUAAAACGGCACCACUAGUGCCCUUUACUUCCAAACAGUUUGAUCUGCUGUUGGCUCUUAGAGUCGGCUGGAUCACCUCAUGUAUAACCCCGUUCCCUCCACCCAUUCGCUAAUCAUUAUCUUGACAACUCUUCUACACAUUUCUGAUUCUCUGUAUUCAUCAACUGAUUCCGUUUUGAGAGAUUGACGCGCUGAACACUUCUUGCUUAACUUGUUCAUUGUCGUUCUGUGGCAGUGACUUGUAAUAUCCAUUCGAAGGCGCCUCAGAUGCUUUCAUUUUUGGUUAGUUUUAAAGCGUUAUUGACAUAAAAUCCACUCGGUUUCUGGUUAGUUUAACCUUCUUGUUCCUACGACAUUCGCCAAUUGUUCUUCCGCUGUUAUGCAGCCCUUCGCCAUCGGUGAUUGCAGGAUGUUUUGCUUUUCACUUAGCACUUUCGUUUCCUGUAUAGUCACUGACUGGGGCGCAUCUGCAACUUAUGACGUCUACACAGUGG